AUGGCUGCACGGAUCCGUGGGGACUGUGUUGCUGUCACCGCACGAUCCAACGGAGGGGAUGCUCCAUUGGCGGGGGAGGCGCUUGGCACAAGUCCUAGUUGGAUGCCUGAAGACCCUCUCAGCCUUAAGGGAGGAAAAGAGCAUGGAUCAUCGCUGCAUCUCCUGAAAGAAUUUGACCAAAGCAUGACUGAGAGGGACGUGGGAGGGACAGGGGAGGGGGUGCCUGGUGACUCAGGGAAGAACGGCAGGUGCCUGAGGACAGACGGCAGGAAUGGCGGUGAUGUUGCUGCCCAUGAUUGGUUGUACCUGCACCGCCACUGUGGCUGGUGA